UUUGAGCAGAGACAUUCAGCUUUCUGGUGUUCCCGGGGGGUGACGGGGACCUAGCUAUGAAAAGAGCCCUUUUCUUCUGUUGGGCCAUCCUCAGCAAAAAGGCUGCACACCUGAGCUGAGCCGCCUGAGGAGUGAGGAGUUGCAAUCUACCUGCCUGGCCUCCUCUCAGAGGAAAGGAGCUGUCCCAGCCCUGGCCCCAGGGGCCCUCACUGUUGGGCCUGUCCUGAUGCUUUGCCAAGCUCAGAGGUACUGUCCUAGAGAGACAAGGCAAGGCUGUCUUUUACCGUUCCCUGGGCGACUCGCGCCUGGAGGAGUAACCAGGCAGCGAUCCAGGCGACAGGACAGAAGGGGCCAGGGCAGCCACUCUUGUUCACUGCUGGAAGUGUACCAGGGGACUAGAAGUCACAACGUCGAGGCCAGAACCCAGGAUACCUGAAGGCCCCAUCAGAAUGGCUGGAGAAUAUGAAAGACUCACGAAGAAAACCGGGUUCCAACUGCUCCCGGAUGCAUGACGGAGAGACAGGUGAAAGACCCUCCCAACGGGCUGCUCACCGAGGGCAGCCGCAAGGAGACCGACAUGCGGCAGCAGCGCCGAAUGAAGCAAGCUGUGCAGUUCAUCCACAAGGACUCGGCCGACCUGCUGCCCCUGGACGGCCUCAAGAAGCUGGGCUCGUCCAAGGACACGCAACCUCAUAACAUUCUGCAGAGGCGCCUCAUGGAAACCAACCUGUCGAAGCUCCGAAGCAGUCGUAUCCCUUGGGCCUCCAAGACCAACAAAUUCAAUCAGGCGAAGUCUGAGGGACUAAAGAAGUCUGAGGAUGAUGACAUGAUUUUGGUUUCUUGCCAGUGUGCUGGAAAGGAUGUGAAAGCCUUGGUUGACACAGGCUGUCAGUAUAAUCUCAUCUCUUCAGCCUGUGUGGAUAGACUGGGACUGAAGGAACAUGUUAAAUCUCACAAGCAUGAAGGAGAGAAGCUUUCUCUACCCCGGCAUCUGAAAGUGGUGGGCCAGAUUGAGCACCUAGCGAUCACACUGGGCUCCCUCCGCCUGGACUGUGCAGCAGCUGUGGUUGAGGACAGUGAGAAAAACUUGUCCCUUGGCCUCCAGACGCUCCGAUCUCUGAAGUGCAUCAUAAACUUGGAUAAGCACCGGCUGAUCAUGGGGAAGACAGAUAAGAAAGAAGAAAUCCCUUUUGUGGAGACAGUUUCCUUGAAUGAAGACAACACUUCAGAAGCAUAACUACAGCCUGCAGCAUGUCUGCACGUAUGCACACACGCCAGGUUGACAGAUUGAGGAAACUGAGUUUGAACCAAAUGCAGUAGCAACUGGCCGUGGACCAAGUCCUUCCCUCUAAUAGAAGCUCCAGGGGCUCCUUCCCACCCAGACCUCUCUAGACUUUAGUCUGUGCUUAGAGAUAUUGUCUGGUUAUAGCCAUUGUUUUUUACUCCUUCAAUCACUUGAUUUAUAGACCCUUUUGACACUGCCAGGUCUCACUAAUGGCCUAUUUCUCUGCUUCUUCCAAGAAUUUGCUUUUAUUAGUUAAGUAUAGGGGCUUCCAGGUUCUAUUUCUUCAUAGAUACACUUGCUUCUUUUCCUAUAGCUAAAAUGUAUAAUAAACAAGAACCUGAUCUUUACCUUUCUUCAGCUAUUUCAAAGAGGUGCAGUAUACCUAUGUCUCAGAAUUAGUUUCUUCUAAGUCAUUCAUUGAUUUCUCAAGUAUGAAUUGAUCUGAAAGAACCCAGAGAGAUUAUCUAGUCUAAUCCUUUCAUUCAAAGGUCCAGAGAGGCAAGUGAAUUGUGUAAGCUUAUAUACAAAGUCAAUGGAAAAAGAGACUUAGAACUCAGACCUGACAAGCCAAAGCUAUAUGUUCAUUCUCUCAUGCUGCUGCAUUUUUCUUCAAGCCGUGAGAGGAGGAUGAAGAGGUGAGGGUUUGUGAAAAGGGAGGCAAGGGGAAGAAUAUGCUUUGGGAAUGGAUCUUAGAAGGAUCUGAGUAGCCCUCUUUGCUGUUUGCUAAGCCCACUAAAAGCCCCCUGCUUCUAACUGUCACAUUUAGGCCCUUUCUUGGUGCCUAGAAGCCAAGAGUACAAAGGUGAAUGAGAUGGUGUCUCACAUUGAAUUCUUUCAGGGGAGCAGGUGGAAGGAACCACAGAUAGAACAUUAAUCACUCUCUGAGAUGGAACUGAAGGCUUCAGUGAGUAAUCUAGCCAUCACUCUCAGACACUGAUACCCCCAAGAUCCAGUCAGUGUUUCUGCCUAUCUUGUUAUUUGUCUGACACAGAUUCAAGUAGCUGGGAAGAGGAGAAGGGAAAGGAGAUGAAAAAACCCAGAGCAGGUCCAAAAUAGAAGGGAGUGCCAGGUAGAAUCAGUUGGUGGGAAGGCCUACCAAGGGAGUCCUUUGUGGGAUGGAGGUCAGAAGUGAAACUUCCAGGCAGGGAACUGAGGGUUGAGAACUCACCUCUGUCUUGGUACAAGGAAAGAGGCAGGGCAGGAGCUGGCAGUGUUAAGGACAACUUUUCUGACUGCCCAAUAUUUCCUGACCCAUCUCAAAGGGUUGGAGAUCACGGGAGUUUCUUGAAGCUUUUUGUUAGGGUGUCAGUUUGGGCACAAAGAUAACUAUAAUGGACUCUCUCCUUCAAUUUAGUUGUAGAAGUGCUCAGAGAAGUCAAAAAAAAUAGCCAGCUGUGGAUAUCCCUUUAAGAGAUUCCCAAGUCUUCCCUUGGUUCACAGCAGUAGUUCCCAGAGUAUUUAAUGGAUCCCACUUUGAAUUUUGCCAGGUUCCACCAGCAACCUCAUCUAGUGUUCAGCUACUGUCCCAAACAACUCUUUGGAACUCUAAAUGUUUUUAGCUUUAUAGAAGCUCCCUAAAGACUGGGAACUUGGUGACCCCCAUUUGAACAGCUAGGCAGCCGCACUGCAGCCAGCUGGCACUGGAUCAUCCCUGGCUCCCUUCCUAUCAGUCUCCAAAGAGGAAGCAAGAUAGAAAACUAAACACAGCAACAAUAGAGGCCGCAUCUCAAGCUCAUUGGGGGUGAUCCCAGCUUACCAGCCUUCAGUGCUCCCUCCAACUCCACCCCAUUUUCUUAUCCAGGGGGGACCUGCACCUUUCCAUUGAGGCCUUUCCAUUCUCCUCCCCACCCUAUCAUGGCACCACUUUGGCCUGCUUCUUCUCCUAGGACUGAAUUGAAAUACUUCACCCCUUCCUUCCCUAGUUGAAAGUUCCACGCCAAGCCCUGACUCUUGGCCACAAGUGAGGCACGUUGGAAGUUCCUUGCCUUGGUUUAUCUUUAUUUGGAUUCCCUGUGGACCAAGUGAGGCAGGAAUUCUCAGGUUCUAGAAAGAUGUGACUGAUUCUGGCUCUUUGAGUUCAGGAUUAUAUGGCAUCAGAGGGAUGAUCAGAUGGCCUUGGUGAUCUUUCAGGCCUCUGAGAAUCAGUAAUUUUCCAAUUUUGGAAUAGAAACAAUUGGGGUGAUCUGAACUUAGGGCAUCAUAAUCUCACUAAAUGCAGUCAAAUCAUUUGAAUUCACUAACCAAAUAAUUGUGCUUUAAACCUCAGCCUUAAUAGAGGUACCUAAAAAUGUCUAAAGAUAAUUAUGGGAAGUCUUGAGCUUUAUUAAUCGUCUUUAAAUACUGCCAGGUUGAUUACUCUGAUAGCCCAUACCGCCUUGAUAUUCAUGAGGGAGCACUGGAUCUACUUUUCAAGGGCUGGCAAGGUAAACAGGUAAGGUCAGUUCUUCCCAGAAUCCUAGAAAAUUCUCUCUGGGGCGUCUGAUUGAGGGUGUGGGAAGCAAGUGUCUACCCAAGUCACAGUUCUGAAGACAGGCAGUAGCAAAAGUAACCCUGUAGAACUGGUACCCCUCUCAUUCCUUAUUAGAUGUCCAUCUCAAAUACAGGGAGUUUGAAAAAUAUUGUUUUUGUCAUUUGGUAUUUUUAUGCCUGACUUAUUUGAGGAACAAAUGUUUUCUGACUUUUCUAUUUCCUUGCCCUGCAUGGACCCCACUUGGUAAGAUUUUCUAUUCUUUAGUUCAAAGUGUCUAUAGAAUGGAUUGCUUGGUAUGUCAGAGGCCCUCACUCUUGUAUAAUAGAAAUAUCUUUCCUGGCUGGGGACAUGGAGGAGGUGAACUGGAUUCCUCCCUCCUUCUGUUGCCAGGCCUCUGCAUUGGCACUUUAUCUGCUCAGUGUUUCUGGCUGUGUUGGGUUUCUUUGUGAGAUUGAUGUAACAAUAAAGUGAAAUCUUCCCCUCUG